AUGAUAGAAGGUGGAGCAGCAAAGAGUGAAAAUUGGAGGAUCGAGUGGCAGCGAUGGGUUCCAGAAGUCCUGUUGUUACCCUUCUGCGGUAAACCGGAAUCAUCCAGCAGGAGCAGCCUACGUCGGCAGUUGCACGACAAUUGGCAAUCGGUCGAAAAUAAUAGGCAGGCGGCCCGCUGUGGGGGUGGGUUUCGGGGGAGGGAUGAAAAAAUGGCGUGA